AUGCUGGUGUUGGCAGACUGCCCGCGGCACCUUACCCAACUCAGACACCCCCACCAAGUGAGCAGGUGGACUCCUCAGGGGCCCAACCAGACCCAGGCCAGUGCUCUCCUGUGGCACCUGCUGAGGCAUCACAUGGAGGGGAGGAACGGCACCGACUCCACCAGGGCCCUGAAGCUUCCAGACGGGACGAGUGCCGCCUGGUACAUCCUCACCAUCAUCGGCAUCUAUGGGGUGAUUUUCCUUUUCCGGUUGGCCAGCAACAUCCUCAGGAAGACUGAUAAGUCCUUGGAAGAUAUUUAUUAUUCAAACUUGACCUCCAAACUCAAGAAGAAAGGGCUCCAGGGCAAGGCAGCCAAAUGCCCUGCACUGACCAUUAGCAACAGAGCCAUCCUGGAUCCCAACCAGGCCAGCCUGGGGCUAAAGUAUGGACACAGUGGGCUCCAAACCCAAAUCCAGGGAAGCCCUUGAAAGUCAAGGCAAGCAAGCCUUCAUCAGGGAGGACCCAACCUUCCUGCAGUGGGAGCUGUUUUGGGUUUACUUGGAACCUUGGGAGAAGAGUGAAGUCCUUGGGUUGGGGGAGAGGAGCAUCCCUGAGCCAAUCAUUCCAGCUGAUAAGGGCAUGACUGGAAGUCAGCAUCCCAGUUACUUCCUAGACUUCCUGGUGGUUUGAGAGGAGACAGCAAGGGCAGCAGCUUCCAACCACAUCUUCCCUUCACUAGGAAAGCCUGUGCGCUUCUGGGAAGGGCAUGGGGCAUCAGCAGACCGGUCUGGAUUCCAAAUGCAGGGCCCUCGGGUCUCAAAGCCAAGACUCCUAGGAAUGUACAUGGACUCAGCCUCUUGUCAGGGAAAGAAGGCUGCAUUUGGAGUCAGAUGCUCUGGAUUAAAAUUCAACUUUUGGCAGGGAGGGAAGUGGUCACAUAAA